AUGACUAAUAUCGAAAAGAAAAACAACACAUAUAAUCAACAACAACAAAAUGAACAGCAAGAGCACCAUAGACCAAUGCUUAACGAUUUUGAUCUCAAUGUGGUAGAUGAAGCUUUAUUACAUCCCGACAUUCCAGAAUAUGAAGAUCACUUUGGCUUUAUUAUUCAAGUCAGUUCAGAUCACGAGUAUGAUUCCAGUGAUGUUUCUUCAUUGGAAGAUAAAGACGACUGUAAUAUUGAAGAUAACGAACUGGGAGAGGAUGGAGAGAAUAAUACUAUCAGUACCAAAAAUACAACUUUAUCAUCCUCCUCUUCCUCUAUCACAGAUGAUUAUCGAAUGAAAAAAAAUGUGAAAAAUCUGACAGGUGACAACAAUGGUGAAACUAGCAAUAUCAGCGAAAAACUACAACAACAGUAUAAAAUACUAGAUGCCCGAAACGCUUUGGAUAACAUGGCGCCCACCAACAUUGAGGAGAUGACAAACUUGAAUACUACUGAAACAUGUUCACUCAACGAAAAAGUUGACGAAUCAGCCCCUAAUAAAGUCAUCAGUAACAGUGCACGUUUUGAAUCUGGUAAUAAAGUGCAAGAGGAUUGGCAAAUAGUAAAUAAAAAGCCGCAAGAGGACCACCAGGCAGUAAGAACACCGUCGCCAACUGCUUCUGCUCCUUCAAGUACUGCCAUCACUGAUACCGCAGUAUCCGCAACACCAACUGCUGAGACAGCAACCGCCACUACGAGCUAUUACGAGAUGUUACUGUCCAAAUUUAGAAGAAGGGAAUGCAAUAAAAGCAUAUCGUCAAACAGUAACAGUGUCGGUAAUACGCAGAAGCAAACGUUAACGCUACUUAAGAAGGAAUUAUGUCAAAAUUUGGAACAGUUGAAAGAAGAAUGCAAUGAUGAUAUUGAUUGGGACUUUUGUGCAUCUUUAAUAUGCAAUUUUGAGAAAGCAAAAAGGACGGAGCAAGCUAAAAUCCGACGCUUCCUAGCCAUUGGCAUCCCACCGCCUUUACGUGGAAAAUUAUGGAGAAUCUUUUCCAAUUCAGACGAUGACAAUUAUCUCAAUGAUGAUACCCAUAGUGUUACUAGCACUGUUAAUACCACAAAGACUGACAAUGAACUUGUUGUAAAAGAAUAUAUUCAUCUUCUGAACCAAACCAGUCCUUGUGAAAAACUGAUCCGUCGGGAUCUGUCUCGUACAUUCCCUCACAUCCCCUUUUUUAAGGAUAAAGAGGGGGAAGGUCAAGAAAUGCUCUUUAACGUUAUGAAAGCUUACAGUCUUUUUGAUACCCAUGUAGGCUACUGCCAAGGCCUUCAUUUUGUUGUAGGCGUUCUAUUAUUGCAUAUGCCAGAUGAAGCAGCAUUUUGCGUAUUGAUCAAGUUAAUGAGUCAGUAUGGGCUACGAGGGAAUUUCACACCGCAAAUGGAAACACUGCAUGAGCGUAUGUAUCAGUUUGGCCAUUUACUUCAAACAUAUUUACCUGAAAUCCAUCGGCAUUUGGAUGCUCAAGGAGUAUUGCCAAGCAUGUAUGCUUCGCAAUGGUUUAUGACGCUCUAUGCCUAUCGAUGUCCUUUAGAAUUGGUGUAUCGUGUUUUUGAUCUUUUGUUUGUAGAAGGACCAUCUAUAUUGCUAAGUAUCGCCUUAGCCUUGAUGAAGAAGAAUCAAUCUGUUAUUUUGAGUUUGGAAUUUGAGUCUCUGCUAGAAUUUCUUUCUGGUGGUAGUAGUAAUAGUAAUAGUAAUAAUAGCAACAGCAACAGCAGUAAUAAGAGGAACCAUAAUGAACAUAUUGGUAGCAUUUUUGAUGCUUACAGUAAUGACAGAGAAAGCGGCGCUUAUCAAUUUGUUCAGGAUGCUUACGAAUUCGUUAUUUCACCCAAAUUACUGGCUAAACUCGCAAAACAAUAUCAAAUAGAAGCGGCUAAGGAAGCAAAAUUGCAAUCUAUAGAAGACGCUAUCAAACGGGAAAAUGUUCAAUUGACUGAUCAGAUUCAACGGAUUCGUAUAGCUUACAAGGCGCUAGAACGAGACCAUCAAGAUGUCACUCAGCAUGUCAUUCAGUCCAAGGUUGCUAUAGCUAGUUUAGACGCGGAAAAUCAACAACUGCGGCACGAGAUAAAAAUAAUGAAGCAAGAAAUGGUCAAAAUGAAAAAUAGCUAUUCGUCAGCCAAUACAAAAUACAAGCAGCAGUUCGAACAGCUUGCCAAGCAAAAUGCUCAUCUGGUCGAAGCAAAUUCGGAUUUGGAAAAUAAAGUGGCAGAAUUGGAGGCUGUCCUGAUUGACAUGAAGAUCAAGUAUGCAGAAAGCGAAAGCGAGUAUGAAAUGAUGAGGCAGAAGCUGCAGGAAGCUCAGAGACUGAGUAACGUAAGCUCUCAUAGAAGUAGUAGUGCUAGUAGUCGAAAAUGA